AUGGCUAACAACGAACUCCAGCUGAAUGCGGCGGAGCGGCAAGAAAUGCUGCGUCGAUUUCCCCGUGCUUCAUUCUGGCUUCGCAUGCACGACCGUCACCCCGACAUCCAUCCAGUUCUAGAACAAAUGGCACAGCACAACAGAAACCUCAACGGUAACCUGUACGCUGGCCUUCUUGCUGCCCCCGUCCAACCUGCUGCUCCACCUGGUCUACCUGCCGCCCCCCCUGCUGUUCCUGGGUUUGCUCCGCAGGCCAUGUAUCCCCCUGGUUUCCCUGUGUUUCCCGGCCUCUAUCCUAACCACGGCUACUACCCACCUGCUCAGUUUCAACCACGCGCCCACCCGCCAUACUACCAUGAUAGGCCUGAGAAUUUGCCGGCCCCUGCUACUCCACGUCCUGCCACGGCCCGUCCCCAAGUUGCCACAACCCAUGUCGACAUCUCAGUCCCUCGUAAUACAGAAGUUGAAAAUGGGGUUGUCACUCGCUUGAUCGUCCGCUUACCAACCGACCUUCCUUGGAAUGAUUUUUUCGACAGGAUAUGUGCUAAUAUGGACCUCAUCCCGGCCAACGCAGUUUUGGGUUACAAGUUCUCGGGAGAUCGCAUUUCUGACCCACCAAACCGGCUUGCCAAUGCAGAGGAUCAUGUCCAGGCUAUGGCUCGUGCAACAGAGAAGAUCAAGCGCGCUAGGACACGCGAGGUUGUUCUUGAAAUACAUAACUUGCGGGCUGGCGCUGGAAAAAGUAAGAAGGAAUCGACUGCAACAAAAGGGAAGAAGCGUCCACUGGCCGAUGGCAACGAGGAUGAGCUUGACACCUCGGUCUCGUAUGCUUCUCAGCUUCGUCAUUGCAAUAACGGAGUUCCGGCCAGGGAAGGGGUUCAUGUUAUCGAGGAGGCUGUCAAUGAAUUGAUUAAAAAGAUCAGCUGUGUAGGACCGAUUUUGGACGUCAAGGUGGAGGAGGCAAAAUGGAGUAUCUGGAGUAAAGAUUAA